UUCAUCACCUUUCAUAGCAUACUAAACUCCGAAUCAUACAUUCUCUCUCUCAUGGCAACCUCCGUGGAAAACCCUUUGAUUAUCUCAAAAAUUGGUAUCAUUGGGGCUGGUGUUAGUGGCAUAGCCGCUGCUAAGCAGCUCUCCCACCACAACCCGGUUGUUUUCGAGGCCUCGGAUUCCAUUGGAGGGGUGUGGAGAAGCUGUUCUUACAACUCCACUAAGCUUCAAUCCGCUCGUAAAGACUACGAGUUCACCGAUUUCUUUUGGCCUAAUAGGGAAGACUCUGGUUUUCCUUCUCAUACUGAGGUUUUGGAGUACUUGGAAUCCUAUGCUAAGCACUUUGAUGUGCUGAAGCAUGUUAGGUUCAAUUCAAAGGUGGUGGAGGUCCGGUUCGUCGGUGAAAGGACGGGAACUGGAGAACUCACAGGAAAUCCAGGGGAGUAUGAACGUCCAUUGCAGGGCAAGCCAGCUUGGGAGGUCGCUGUGCAGACAAACGGCUCUGACAACGUUAAGUGGUAUGCUUUCGAAUUUCUGAUAGUUUGUACUGGAAAAUAUGGAGAUGUACCAAAAAUUCCAGUUUUCCCACACAACAAAGGCCCUGAGGUGUUUCAGGGCAAGGUCUUGCAUGCCCUUGACUACUGCAAACUGGACAAAGAAGCUGCAACUCAGCUACUCCAAGGGAAGAAAGUUGCAGUCGUCGGCUUCAAGAAAUCAGGCAUUGAUUUAGCCAUGGAGUGUGCAGAAGCAAACCAAGGGCCAGAAGGACAACCAUGUACCAUGGUGUUAAGGACCGUACACUGGACAGUUCCCCAUUACAGGGUUUGGGGUCUGCCCUUCUUUCUGUUCUAUUCAACAAGAUUUUCUCAGUUCCUGCAUGGAAGGCCAAACCAGAGCUUCCUCGAAGCCCUUCUUUGCUACCUUUUAUCUCCAGUGAGGCAGGGAGUCUCGAAAUUUAUUGAGUCAUACCUGCUCUGGAAACAACCCCUGCAGAAAUAUGGAUUGAAACCAGAUCACCCAUUUGAGGAAGACUAUGCAUCAUGCCAGAUGGCGAUCAUGCCAGAGAAUUUCUUUGCAGAGGCUGAUAAAGGGAAGAUUCUGUUCAAAAGAACAUCAAAAUGGUGGUUCUGGAGAGGAGGAAUCGAGUUUGAUGACAACUCUAAGUUGGAAGCUGAUGUUGUUCUUCUCGCAACUGGUUAUGAUGGCAAGCAAAAACUCAAAUCAAUCUUACCAGAGCCUUUUCGGAGUCUGCUAGAAUACCCUUCUGGUAUUAUACCCUUAUACAGGGGAACAAUCCAUCCUUUGAUCCCAAACAUGGCUUUUGUGGGUUAUAUCGAGAGUGUUUCCAACCUCCAUACUGCAGAGAUGCGAAGCAUUUGGCUGGCACGGUUCAUUGAUGAAAAGUUUAAGCUUCCGACUGUGGAGGAGAUGAUUGAACAGAUAUCCAGAGAGAUGGAGGUCAUGAAGAGGUCAACCAGGUUUUAUAAGAGGCACUGCAUCUCUACUUUUAGCAUCAACCACAGUGAUGAAAUCUGUGAAGAAAUGGGAUGGAACUAUUGGAGAAAGAACAACUGGUUAUCAGAAGCAUUUAGCCCUUAUAGCAGUCAAGACUAUGAACAGGGAAAUUGAAUCUCUAUAAAAUAUAUAUAUAUAGGAGUUAGUGAUUGUUCACUUUAUUUUCAAAAAAUUAAGAAGAAAAAAGACAAAAAAAAAACCUUAUUCAUGCUUUAAAAAUAAAAUAUUUUAGUUUUU